UCGGGGACGGGGUGGGAAGGCGACGUCUCGACCCACAGAGCCCCCGCGUAGACCCGGGUUCGAAUGCAGACUUCGUCGCCCGCAGGUGCGCGAGACCUUGAAGAAUUGCUUAUUUGGCCCAGGCCUCACUUUUCUGAUCAGGAAAAUGGACAGAGGACCCAGUGUCGAGGGUGGCAUGUCGAUUAAGAAAGUGCCUCCAGCGUUCACCAAGGACAAAUACCGGUACUUUGCUUGUUUGAUGAGAGCCCGAUUUGAUGAACACAAGAAUGAAAAGGAUAUGGUGAAGGCCACCCAGCUGCUGAGGCAGGCCGAGGAGGAAUUCUGGUACGGUCAGCACCCUCAGCCAUACAUCUUCCCCGAGUCUCCUGGGGGCACCUCCUACGAGAGAUACGAGUGUUACAAGGUUCCUGAGUGGUGCUUAGAUGACUGGCAUCCUUCUGAGAAAGCCAUGUAUCCUGAUUACUUUGCCAAGAGAGAGCAGUGGAAGAGACUUCGGAGAGAAAGCUGGGAGCGAGAGGUUAAGCAGCUGCAGGAGGAAACCCCACUUGGCGGUCCCAGAACUGAAGCUUUGCCUCCAGCCCGAAAGGAAGGUGAUUUGCCCCCACUGUGGUGGCAUAUUGUGACCAGGCCCCGAGAACGGCCCAUGUAGGGGAAGAUGCCUCACCAGUCCCAUGUGCAAGUGAAAUAAAUUAUAGGACAUACGCUUGCCCUAAUAAAAUAACUCAAUAUGGUA